AUGUGCAUCUUCUUCCUCCCACCGCUCUGCGCUUUCUCACAGCACAGGCACGCACGCCUCAAAGCCGAGGACAACACCGCCGCCGCCCAUCGCCACCUCAUCAGCAUGAUGCGCAACCCCGACACCGGCGUCAUCGCCAAAUGCGUCGCGCCUACGCACGCCAACCCGUUCUUCUGCGCCAACCCACGCCUGGGCGUCGAAGUGCGUCACAGUCCCAGCAAGGAGAACCCCACGGGUGAGUAUGACGCGUGUGAGACCUGCACAGCGCUCGCGAGGGGCAGACAGGCCGGCGUGUUCAAGGAGGUGGCGGAGGUGAAGAAGGGGAAGGAUGGCGGGCUUCGGUGGAAAGAGAUGCAGCAGGAGUGUCUGUGCGAGAGGGCGACGAGGGAGGGCGUGGAGGUGAAGGCGGAGAGUCGACCUCGUGGUCCGGUCGUGAAAGGGAAUGCAAAGUGA